AGAUCGCCGUUAUUGGCAUGUACCAGCACCAUUUCCUCUUUCUUUGUGACGAGGUCGGUAAGGUUUUUUUCUACAUCGAAAAAGGAAGCUUUUAUUCGGUAUUUGCAAGCGUACUAUGAGUAGUGUACAGAUUCAGAAUGGAACGGGUCUAGAGCAGCAAUUUGCUGGUCUGGACUUGAAGCAGGGCGGCCAAUUUAUUGCUCCCGGAGGAAGUCGUUAUGUGCCUCCUCACCUGAGAUCUAGCAGGGGUCCAGGAUCUGAAGAAAAACCAUUUUCUGUUCCACAAGAAAGAGCAGAUAUCCCAAACGAACGUGAUUUUAACAAAGAAGCUGGCCGGGGUUAUACCCAAGCAACAAAUUCCUAUAGAGGGCCAAGUUCCCAACGUGGAGUACCCAGCGCUGGUGGUGGCUACCCCAGGCGGGGUGGAUACAAUGGAGGAGCUGGUGGGACCUACACUGCUCGUCCUCCACAGAGAUGGGAGGGAGAAUAUGAGAAUGGUGGAGGAGGCUGGAAUGGAGGACCUCAGCCACCUCAAUGGAAUGCUGAUGCUCCACCACCUGUCAUUCAAAACGAGCGCUGGCAAGAACCCCCUCCACCGGCUGGUCAAUGGGUUGCCAACGAUCGCUGGAAAGAACCACAAAGGCGCUCGGCAACAACAGACAGUCGUGGUGGCGGAUAUGGAAAUCCCCGUUGGAAAGAAUCUAGUGAAUCCGAUUGGACUACGCUUACUGCCAAAGAUGAUCGGGUAGAAUUGGAAAUGUUUGGCACGGGUAACUCCGGCAUUAACUUCGAUAAAUAUGAAGAUAUUCCCGUGGAGGCGACAGGCAAUGACGUUCCAUCUCACAUAAACUCGUUUGAAGACGUUAAGUUGACUGAGAUCAUCCGUUCGAAUAUUGCUUUGACUCGCUACGAUAAGCCAACGCCUGUCCAGAAAUAUGCGAUUCCGAUUAUUUUGGCACGCCGUGAUGUCAUGGCCUGCGCCCAGACUGGCUCAGGCAAGACAGCAGCAUUCUUGGUUCCGAUAUUGAACCAGUUAUUUGAACGUGGACCCGUGGUAAGUAGUGCUGCUGGCCAACGCUCAUAUGCCCGUCGCAAGCAGUACCCGCUGGCUCUGGUUCUAGCACCCACUCGCGAGCUGGCCACACAAAUCUAUGAUGAAGCCAAGAAAUUCGCCUACCGAUCCCGUGUCCGACCAUGCGUGGUGUAUGGUGGUGCGGAUGUCCGUCAACAGAUGCAAGACUUGGAACGGGGAUGCCAUUUAUUAGUUGCCACACCCGGUCGUCUUGUCGAUAUGCUUGAACGUGGCAAGAUUGGCCUCGAGCACUGCAAUUUCUUGGUGUUGGACGAGGCGGACAGAAUGUUAGACAUGGGUUUCGAGCCGCAAAUUCGUCGCAUUGUGGAACAAGACACUAUGCCUAAAACUGGAGAACGGCAGACACUCAUGUUUUCUGCCACAUUCCCUAAAGAAAUCCAGAUGCUGGCGCGAGAUUUCUUAGAAAAUUACAUUUUCUUGGCAGUUGGCCGCGUCGGAUCGACUUCAGAAAAUAUUACGCAAAAGAUCGUAUGGGUGGAGGAACAUGACAAGCGUUCUUUCCUUCUUGAUUUGCUUAAUGCUUCUGGUCUCAACAAAUUCAACGGUCAAGUUGAAGGCGAAACGACAGAGCACGAGCAGUUGACGCUGGUUUUCGUCGAAACAAAACGUGGAGCUGAUGCCCUGGAAGAAUUUCUGUACCGUGACGGAUAUCCGGUGACAUCAAUCCACGGCGAUCGCAGUCAACGGGAACGCGAAGAUGCGCUCAAACGAUUCCGUUCGGGCAAGACGCCUAUACUCGUGGCUACAGCUGUUGCUGCUCGUGGUCUUGAUAUCCCUCACGUCAAACACGUCAUCAAUUUCGACCUCCCCUCAGAUGUCGAAGAAUACGUUCAUCGCAUUGGUCGUACCGGCCGAAUGGGCAAUCUCGGUGUGGCUACUUCAUUUUUCAAUGAAAAGAAUCGCAAUCUCAUCAGGGAUUUGGUUGAACUGAUCAUCGAGACCAAACAAGAACUGCCCUCUUGGCUCGAAGGCAUGGCCAUGGAUAUCAAGCACCAGACUGGUGGAGUAAGCCGUCGUGGUGGCGGUGGAAGAGGAGGAGGGCGGUUCUCCGGUGGUUUUGGAUCCCGAGAUUACCGUACUUCGCAACCGAGUACCGGUGGCAGCACUCGUCCUGGUGGCUCUGUUGGUGGUCCACGUACCAGUGGUGGCGGAUCCUAUCCCAACUACAGUGCCCCACCUCCAAAUCACGUUGUUCGGAUGGCGCCCAUGCCUUCUAUGCCAAUUUUCACAGGAGGAUAUGGCGGUUACGCUCCAAGUGGCUAUGGUUACGCACCGCCUCACGCUCAUCACGCCGCUCCGGAUUGGUGGGGCCAGUAAAGAAAGUAGAAGAAAACCUCGACCGGCGACUACAUUUUGUUGAAGAAAAGGAAAAAAAACAAAACAAACAAAACAACCCUGUUGAUGCGUCGUUCUUUCUCGAUACGGGACGAUGGAAACGAGGUUGGUCUGAAAAUGCCGAGAAAAUGUGUUUUCUCAACAAACAACUUCGACGUUGGUAGUGAUUUAGAUUUAUCUUUCGUCCUUUUUUCCCCUUUACACUUCUCUUUUGAACUCCAUCAUAUUUCCCGUCUCAAUGGUUUUUUUUUUCUUUUCUUUUUUUGGUACUCGUAAUGGUCUCCUAUUUUCAGCACUAUUUACCUCCUGAAUAUUUUUUUUUUCUUCCCUCUUUUUUAUGCAAACAAAUUAUUCUAAAAUGUAUCGUACGCCGCCGCUCUGCUCUCUUUUUUGCCGUCCCUUCAGGUGGGAUGUCCGCGUGUGAUACCCUCUGCACAAAGAUGGCAUUACGCGCACGUGACGUCCUUGACAAAAGAAAAAAUCGUUUGGGAGGGACGCGUUUUUGACAGGUCCUCCUUUCCUACCCACCUUUAAUAUUUCCCUUCCCUCCGUAGUUAAAACAAACUAAUUUUUUUUUUUAUUUUGGCACACGCAGAUGUUGAAUCCCAGUUAAUAUCGCCAAGAUUUCAAACUUUUUUUUCUUCUAUAUCUAUUUUUUUUUUCUCUUGAAAGAGACGAGUUGCAGUUUCGACCACUAAUGGGCUUUUCUCAAGAUGUUUUUGAGAUCAAGACGGCUGUUAAAAAGAAAGCGACGAACUACUACUGCUAGGGGAAAUUAUUAUCAUUUUUUUUUCUUUUCUUUUCUAACGAAACGUAAGCACAUUGUGUACCACAGGUGUCGUGCCUAGAAGAAAAAAAAAGAGAAGCUGAGAAAGGCUAGGCUGGGUUUUCGCUUUAGGUGAAUAAUAUCGUUUGUGUCUUAUUCCCAAUCGCCGCCUCGCGUCCGUAAUAUAAGAUCUUAAUUAUUUUUUUUUUCUCGUGUGUGUGAUGCAAACCUAAGUAACUCCCUUGAAUUUGUUUUAUCGAAACCACUCGACACUGCGAAUUCUUUAUGCGUUCUUAAACGAACAUUUUGGCAUGGUAAACUUAAAAAAAAAAAAAAUCUGUAUUUGAUUUGUCUGGUUUUUAAUGGACAAACACUUCUCGGAGGCCAAUUUGUUGUUUUCAUUGUUGCCCUAUCAGAGACGAGGAAAGAAAAAAAGAAAAGCAUUUUUUUCUUUUCUUUUGUGGUCUUUUUUUUUCCUUUUUUCGUUGUGAAAGAAGAUCUUUAAAAAAAAAAAAGAAUACAAAACCAAACUGCUGUGAUACGUCGGGCACGACAGUGUAAAUGCGAAAAGGGAGAAACUUGUUAUACCGGGUACACACACAAUUAGUGCCGCGUUUUUGUGAGCAUUAUUCCUUUUUUUUUUUUUUCUUUUCCCCAUAUUUGUUGUUUGUUUUUCGGUGUGAGAGCCCACGUUAAAUCACUUCAACAUUUAUGAAUGAUUUUAGGUUGAAACUCCCCAAUUUUUUCCAGUUUCUGUAGUAAAGCGUUUCUUUUUUUGUUUGAUUGAGAAAAUAGAAAGAAAGAAAAAACGAUCGAGAGGAAAAGUGUAGAAAGUUGAUUGAGGAAUAGGAAAAUCGCCUGCUCGCAUUCCAUAGCUCUGCUGACCAUACACUUAUAUAUUAGGCAAAUAAUGUUCGAAGGGACUUGUUUAUUUUAACUAAUGGAAUUCAAUCGGCACAUGCAUACGAUGUUUUGCAAGUCUUGAAAAUGUAUUGUUUUUCUUUUUAAGAAGACGAUUUGAAUUUUUUUUUUUUUUUUUUACUCAAGCAACGGGAAUGGACGUGAUUUUUUGCCUUCUGUCGAUUCAAACGCGCGGUUUCAUCCCCCCCUCUCCCAGCCCCCUCACGCGAAAGUCUAGUCUCAUCAAAAACCCUGUUGUGCAUUUUCCUCUUUCCCGAUUACAUUAUAGCGAAGUACACAACCGAUAAAAGGAAACGUAAACAAAUUUCUUCUUCUUCUUUAGUCCUGGCAGGUUCCAGUCUUUUCUCGUCGAUUUUUUCUUUCUUUUAAAAACAAAAAUUUUUUUUUCCUUUUUUCCUUUUUGCAGCUAAUAGGCCCGAAUUUAAUAUCCCGCAUGUCUAUCUCCAUCGCUCAUGGAACAAAAUGUGAUGGCAUUGAAAUUUCGACUCGUUGCGGAGAACCAAGGUGGAUUUGGUUGUUGAAUUUUUAAAAAAAAAAGUGUGAAAUCUUGGGGGGAAGAAAAACCCAAUAAAAGUAAAUUUCCAGAAAAUUGCGGGAGAAUCAAACGUACCAACUGCCAAAAACUAAAAUAGGGAAGUUUUAUUCUUUUUUCCUUUGUGCGUUAUCUUAGUUGUGGGUUUCUUGUUUUCGUGUCUCUCAUGGGGACGGAGCACCUCCGACUUGCCAGUGCACUGUGGGUCGGUGUGUAAUUCGUCGGUUGUGUUCUCGUGUCUUGUUUCUAUUUUCUUCACCGUCCCUCUUGAACCCGAAACCACAAAACAAAAACAAACAAAAAAAAAACAAAAACAAAAAAAGAAAUGAUUAUGUCGAAGGGAUGGAUACUCGCUCGUUUUUACUCCUCUCGUCUGAGCGCCGGUCGAAACAUGAUUGUUUGUUCCACUCGUCUUUAGCGAGCAUCUGAUCUCUUAAAAAGAAAGAAAACGGUUAAGUUGACACACACGUCUUUCAGGAUAAAUGAUGUAAUCCACUAGGCGCGCCCAUGCUAGAUUACACGCAUACACAAUGGGGUUUGGGGUUUUCCUUUCAUGUUUAUACCUAUGUGGUACGGCCGUCUUGGGUGCCCCAGUGCCUCGUCGAACAAGUAACUCUCUUUCAUAGACCAGUAAAGAAAUGAUUUUCCUUUCAUUUUUUUUUUAACUUUAUUAUUAUUAUUAUUUUUUUUUUUUGUUAUUCAAUAAAAUAUUUUCUCAUCCGCUGCAGACGCCAAAGCGUGUCCUUCCAAAACGGGUUGUACUUUUCCUCCCCUCAUUUUUGCGUAUUUCUUACAUCAUUUUCCUCCCCCGCCUUAUUAUUAUUAUUUCCCCAUCCCCCCUCUCCUUGCCUAUUUAAAAAAAAAAACUUGCGUUCAUUUGCCGGAACAAGACUAUGUGACGAGGCGGAAGACGUGAUUUAAAGGAAAAUCGCUUAACAUGGGAAGGAAAUGAGUUCCAUCUCUCGUCUUCUUUCGCCUUUGUCUCACUUAAUUACUAUUUUUUUUUAAACAAAUUUCUCUCUGGUCCAACUCUCGAUUACGAAGAAGGGAAACAGAAACUAUUCUCUGCCAAAGUCAAGUCUUUUUUAGGCGCAGUGCGGUACGAUGCAUCUCUCUUUCACACCUUUUUUUUUUUUAUUUCCUUACAUUUCUCUCUUUCUCUCCCACAAAUUCAUCCCCAAUUGUAAUUCGCCCUCAUGUAGACACCUCCCAUCCCGUUGCAUAUCUCUUAAAUGGUUCAUUUCUCUUCUUUUUCUCUUCUGCGCAGAACACACAUUUUCUGUCAUUCGUAAUUGUACCAUUUUUUUUUUUCUUAUAACGGAAAAAAAAACUAAAUAUUGGACGUCGAAGGCCGCCCUUUCUUGUACUAAGCAAAAUUUGCUCUUAGUGUGUAGACGACGAAGUCCUACACGUUUCCGUUGUCGUUGUCGUCGCCAUGAAAUUCAGCGAGGAAAAAAAACAAACAAAACAAAUACAAGAAUGCUUCCUA